UAUUCUGAUUAGAAUCUGGAAAUUCUUGUUCUACAUUGUCCGGAUAUGAAAACUGGCAUUAUUUUCACCAUGGAAAACGUUUACAAAGAGCAAGCGCAGCAUAAGUUGAGUAAUUAUAAAAGUUUAGGAGAAUUAAUGUGGAUUACCAUUAAAAGCCAUGAGGAUAAAAUCGCACAAUUGGACGCUUGCACUGAAGAAACGGUCACAUACGCGGAGCUGCAAAAUAAAGUUGUGAGAUGCGCAUUGUGGCUACAAAAAAAAGGAAUCAAAUCUGGCGAUGUUAUCAGUAUAUGUACAGGCAAUCAUCUUAAUUCUAUCGUGCCCUGUCUUUCAACAACUUAUAUCAACGCGAUUUUCAAUCCAUGGAAUGAAAACAUGGACUUGCAAACUGCAUUGUACUUUUUGCAACUGAUGAUGCCAAAGAUGAUCUUCUGUAGCGAGAAAUCUGUUAAUAUCAUUUUAAGUGCGAUAAAGAAGCAGAAUUACAAUGCUACGGUAGUGGUUUUUGGUAAGCAUGUCGACGCAGUUUCAUUCUCCGAUAUCCUGAAAAAUUGUAACGAUGUGGAAGUGACUAAUUUCCGUUACAUCGAACUCGAUAACAUUAAAAAGACAGCGUGCAUUAUGCAUUCGUCGGGCACUACAGGAAUACCAAAGGGUGUCGAACUGUCUAACUACGCUAUGUUAUUUAUCAGCCUUCAAUAUGAAAUAAACUUGACCAAUGUGCCAUCACUUUGGUUUUCUACUAUUUAUUGGAUUACUGGGGUAAUAAUGAGCUUCAGCGGAAUCAUACAAAGUACCAAAGCAAUUAUUUAUCCAGAAUUUGACGAGGAGAUGACUUGCCGAUUAAUCCAGAAAUAUAAAAUAGAAACUGUGUUCCUCAGUACAAACAUGAUGAAUCGUUUACACCAAUCAAAUUGCAUACAGAAAUAUCCAUUAUCAUUUUUGAAAACUGUAAUGUUCGGUGGUACAUCAAUUAGGCCAAAAGUGCAAGAAGAACUGGAGCAUCUUUUGCCACAUGUUCAAAUAUUGCAAUGUUACGGAAUGACGGAAACCGGUGGUAUUAUAACGAUACAGCAACCACAUCAUAAAAAUGGAUCUUGCGGAGUGCUAAUCGAGAAUGUGAAAAUAAAAAUCGUUGAUCCAGAAAGCGGGAAAGUACUUGGUUCGAAUCAAUCAGGAGAAGUAUGGAUAAAAGUUCCAAGCUUAAUGAAUGGUUAUUAUAGAAAUCCCGAGGCAACAAAGAAUAUCAUUGAUAAUGAAGGAUGGCUGCAUUCGGGUGAUAUCGGUUAUGUAGAUGAAGAUGGAGAAUUGUUCAUUAUCGACAGAAUAAAAGAACUUAUAAAGUAUAAAGGUUAUCACAUCUCUCCCGGAGAAAUCGAAAAUAUAUUACUAUCACAUCCAGCAGUGUUAGAAGCUGCAAUAAUAGGAGUCCCUCAUAUAUUAGACGAUGAACACCCUCUUGCUUAUAUCAACAAGAGGCCUGGCGUCAAGGUGACAGAACAGGAAUUGAUUGACUUUGUGGCGAAGAACAUGGAAGAUCGAUGCAAACUACGUGGAGGCGUUAUAUUUUUAAAUAAUUUUCCAUGUACCGAUUCAGGGAAGAUUUCGAAAAAAGAUUUAAAAGCAAUGGCAAGGAAAUUGGCACAGCAAAAUUAACUAAGAUAAUUUUAUAAUUUUUGUAUAAAAUAAUUUUUAGAAUAAAAUAAAGUUGAUGAAAUUGU